GCAUUAGGUCGGGCAAGGCUACGUGCGUUUGGUUGGGGACCCGUCAUUACGUUUCUUGUGUUGAUUCGGAAAUGUUCUGUUUUAGUUCCUGCCUGCAAGCUUAAGGAAAGCUGAGAUGUUUUUGUUUGUUUGAAGCCAGUGUUUGGUAAUUUCUGUUGUCGAAGAUGACACAGCUAAACCUACACUUCAGUUCCAAUACAUUCUUUUUGCUUGGAAAACUCACGUGCGGUGAGUUUUCGUUGGGGUUUAAAACUGCUGAUAAUAUGACGUCAAAAGGACAGUCAAAGCAUUCACCGAUACAUACAACGUAGACGUCAGAGGGCGCUGUCUCCGGUGGGACGCUACGGAAUCGUCGAGGAGUCGUCGGUGGAUCAGGACAUUGCACAUGCGUGACAUCGAUAUCGUAGGACUGUUGUGUUUUGGCAUGCCACAUGUACAUCGAGCCCAUCCUCGAACUUUUUCAGGUUUUCCCCUUGUAUGAAUGUGCUUGAUUGAGUGAGUGUUUGGGUGAUUUAUUAAGAUGUUAUUUUAGAUCAACUUGGCCAAAAGGAAAUUCAUUGUUUAAUUUGAUAUGGUUACUUUAUUGAUAAUGGAAUUUCACUGAUUGUGUGACAUCAGAGAAUUGAAUUCUAAUUGAAUUAAAUGUACUCAAAAUAAAUUCAAAGUCUUAAAAGUCUAUUAUUUGGUCUCUUGUCCUAAGAUCUCCUUCUCUUAUUUACUGGUUCCUUAACCGGGCCGUGACAUUGGGGGCUUGUCCGGGAGAAGGUGAUUUUUGUAGGAUAGAGAAUAGAACAGACAGGCUUUGACUUUAUUCUAGUUUGGCGUUUGUAGGUUUACUGAGUUUAUCACUGGCUAAUCUAUCAAUUGUUUAUAUAUGUUAUUGACCUCUCGCAAAUAUGGAAAUUGAGGCAUUUAUGAAGUUGGGUCAGAAAUGUGGCCUUGAAGGUAAAGAAUUAUUAGAUUAUGUAGAGUCCAAAGAAAAACAACUAAAGGAAGAAACACGUCAGCAACAAAAUGAUGAGCGUGAGGAACGGAUGAGGGAAAGACAAGAACGUGAAAAGGAAAGAGAACAUGAAAUAGAAUUAGCUCAAUUAAGAGAAAAACAGAAUGUAAUCAAGGGUCUCCCAGGGAAUGUGCCGAGCAUGCCAGUGUUCAGAGCAGACUCUGAUGAGUUAGAUGCUUAUAUUCUAAGGUUCGAGCGUCAUGCAAAUUUGCAGAAAUGGCCGACGGAAUAUUGGGCAUGCGCAUUAGGUAAUCUGCUGACAGGUCAGGCUUUGGAAGUCUAUACUCGGAUGCCCACUGAAGACGCAAGCAAUUAUAGAGCUUUGAAAUCUACGCUGCUGCAGCAUUUUGCUUUAACAAGCGAGGGAUUUCGCCAACGAUUUCGGGAUGCGAAACGUGGCAGUUCUGAAACGUUUAAGCAAUACGCUGCUAGAUUAAACAAUUACGCGAAGCGCUGGGUAGAGUUAAGCGGGAAAGAUGCAUCUUAUGAUUCAUUACUUGAACUAUUGGUUAUGGAUCAAGUUCUUGAAAGUUGUGAUCGCUCAACCGCAGUUUUCAUUAGGGAGCGUAGCCCUAAAAGCUUAUCGGAAUUGAUUGAUAUUGCAGAGAAAUAUAGUGCGGCGCAUGGAACUACACCACGUGGUUCCAGUAGGAACGCGCAGAGUGGUGAGAAGGCGCGUAAAAGUGUCAACGGAAAUGAACGACACGAAAAGAGUCAAAACACUAAAGGCCCUUGUUAUGCCUGUGGAAAGCAGGGACACUUAGCGAACAAGUGUCCAGAUCGCAAGCGAGAUAUCAAGAGUAAGCAACCAGACUCAUUUCAGUCAGGGGCGCGCAAGCAAAUUGUUGGUGCUUGUAUCGCUGGAUUCUGUCCGGGUUCUGACACUAAGGAAUGUGGUCAUCGUAGUAUGGGUUUUAGUGAUGAAUCGCAGGCUGUAACCCUACAAUGUGGACAUAAACUUCCGGUUAUUAGUGCUGGAUGCACGGUAGGUACUGAUAUGCCAGUAUAUAAAGGCAUGCUGGAUGGUAAGCCAGCAAGUGUACUGCGGGAUUCUGGAAGUAGUAUUGUGAUUGUCCGUUCUGGGUUAGUAGAUGAGGAAAACUUCACUGGUGAAAAACAGUUAUGCCUGCUCAUAGAUAGAACGGUAAGAUAUGUGCCAAUUGCAACAGUGGAGGUAAGAAGCCCUGUAUUUACGGGUAAGGUAAAUGCCCUUUGCAUGACUAACCCACUCUAUGAUGUUAUAAUUGGUAAUAUUCCAGGAGCAAAGAAACUACAGGAUCACACUGAGGAACUGACUUUGGAGGCGGGCGAGAAGUUAGAAGUCAACGAUAAUGGUCAACACUAUGUUCCACCCGAGGUUGCUAACGAGUCAUCCAUAGAUAUCAGCGCAGAGACGACGGAACCAGAUGUAACCAUUCAGGGAGCAGGAGUAAAGACUCGUGGAAUGAAGCAACGUGAGAAGGAGCCAUGGAGGCCAAUUGGAUCUGCAGGAGAGCCUGAGAUCGCAGCUACUAGAAAGGACAUAAUCACCUCCCAGCAGGAAGACAAGUCUCUUGAGAAACUUCGGAAAAUUGCUGCCGAAGGAGGUGAGGCUAAAAUUGUUGGGAAAGGCAGUAAAGUGCGUUAUUUCUAUAAAAAUGGUCUCCUUCUCCGUGAAUAUCAGUCAUUCCCACAGGUCAACAGACAGGUGUACACCCAGUUGGUAGUUCCGAAGCCUUACAGAAGCCAGGUUAUGCGGCUUGCUCACGACUCCGCGCUGGCAGGACAUCUCAAGGCGAAGAAGACUACUGAACGGAUAAUGUCCCAGUUCUACUGGCCUGGAUUACAGUCGGACGUCAGACGGUACUGUGCGUCCUGUGACCCUUGUCAACGCACUACUCCUAAAGGAAAGGUCGGUAAAGUACCUUUAGUUAUGCCACCCCUGAUUGAUACAUGUUUCAGGAGAAUAGCAGUAGAUUUGGUAGGUCCCCUUCAACCUAUAACAGAUCGAGGCAAUCGCUACAUCCUAACGAUUGUUGAUUUAGCUACGCGAUAUCCUGAAGCUGUGGCGCUGCCGAGUAUUGAGGCAGAGAGGGUAGCUGAGGCGUUAAUGGAAGUCUUUUCUAGGUUAGGAAUUCCAAACGAAAUUCUUUCUGAUAAUGGUACCCAAUUUGUGUCAGGAGUAAUGAGGGAAGUGUCACGCUUACUUGGGGUUAAGCAGUUUCACACAACUCCAUAUCACCCUAUGGCAAAUGGUGCCUGUGAAAGGUUCAACGGUACAUUGAAGCAAAUGCUUAGGAGAAUGUGCCAGGAAUGUCCGAGGGAUUGGGACAGGUAUUUACCAGCUCUCUUAUUUGCAUACCGCGAAGUUCCUCACGAGAGCUUAGGGUAUUCACCCUUCGAGCUAAUGUAUGGAAGGGCAGUUAGGGGUCCUCUAACGAUCUUGAAGGAAUUAUGGUCCGAAGAAAUAGCCGAAGAGGAUGUGAAAUCUACUUACCAAUAUGUUCUUGACUUACAGGACAGACUGGAGAUGACUUGUAAAGUGGCAAAGACUGAGCUUGAGAAGUCGUCGAGGAAAUACAAGAAGCAUUUCGAUGUGAAGGCUAGAGAGCGGAGAUUUCAGUGCGGCGAUCGGGUGCUGUUACUUCUCCCUACUAGUUCGAACAAGCUCUUGAUGCAGUGGAAGGGUCCGUAUGACGUAGUAAGCAAGGCUGCUCGCCACAACUAUGUGCUGCAGAUCGGCAAGAAGAGGAAGACCUUCCACGCUAACCUCAUGAAGCUGUAUGUAGAGAGAUUGCAGGAAGAGCAAAUCGACGACCUCGAGAAGAAUAUCGAUAACGUCGAGGAUGUUCACCAUGAUGUCAAGGAGGAUGACGACAAUAUCGAUAAGAAUGACCACGACGUUGAGGAAGAUGCCCACCACGUAGGAGAUGAUGUACCUCUGGAAAUAGGUAAUGCAAUUCAAGUCAUUGUUGAUGACGACGAUAACGAGUAUGGUGAUGGUGUAUUAGGGCUUUCCUUCCCGUCAAUGGAGCAGACUGAAGGAGUUGAUGAUGUGAGGUUUGGUGAAGGAAUUGGUGAACUACAGCGAGCGAAAAUGGAGAAGCUUAUUCGAGAGUUCGCAGAUAUUAUGACAGAUGUACCUGGUCAGACGGACAUCAUCAGUCACAGCGUGAACCUGAGCACUCAAUCCUAUAUACGUUCGAGACCUUACCAAGUCCCACAAGCGCUCCGAGACACAAUCAAGGAAGAGGUCGACCUGAUGUUGAAGAUGGGAAUCAUCGAGAAGUCUACCUCUCCAUUCGCGUCACCCGUCGUCAUUGUACAGAAGAAGGACGGUAAGAAUCGUUUUUGUGUAGACUAUCGGAAGAUAAACGCCGUAACCGUGGUGGACAAUGAGCCCAUACCAAACAUGGAGGAGAUACUUGCAGAUGUAGGAGGGGCAAAGUUCUUUUCAAAGAUUGAUCUGUGCAAAGGAUAUUGGCAAAUAUCUGUUCAGGCAAAGGACAGGGAGAAAACUUCCUUUGUAACUCCGGAUGGCCAGUAUCAAUUCAGAGUCCUCCCGUUUGGCAUGGUUAAUGCCCCAGCUCUCUUCACGAGGAUGAUGAGAAUUCUACUUCACGGGAUACCACACGUCGUCAACUACAUAGAUGAUAUCCUGAUCUACAGUUCUACGUGGAAUGAACAUGUCGAUGAUGUCAAGAGAGUACUUGCAGCACUUCGUGCCGCUAAUCUCACAGCAAGGCCAACCAAGUGCCACUUCGGUUGCACCACAAUCGAAUUCCUAGGACACAUGGUUGGUAAAGGUGAAGUCACACCUACUCAGGAAGGAGUCGACAAGAUACUCAAGGCGACGAGGCCGACGACUAAGAAGGAGGUAAGAGCUUUGAUAGGCCUAGCAAGUUAUUAUAGAAAGUUCAUUCCAAACAUGGCGGUAAUAGCUGCACCCUUGACAGACCUAACAAAGGACAAGGCAUCAAACAAGGUAAGUUGGGGUGAGGCACAAGAGACAGCCUUUCGGGUUCUGAAGGAACGUAUAGGCAAGUUUCCAAUUCUUCAUCUACCAGACUUCGCGAAGGAAUUUAUACUCCGUACGGAUGCUUCGGAUGUAGGUAUUGGUGCGGUAUUGUUGCAACCACAUGAAGAGGUGCUGUACCCAAUCCAGUUCGCAAGUCGUAAGUUGAACGCUCGAGAACGCGCAUAUCCAAUCAUCGAGCGUGAGUGUCUUGCGCUAGUUUGGGCGAUCAAGAAAUUUGCAUAUUUCUUGCUAGGACGAAAAUUCAGGCUGCAAACCGACCAUUUUCCGUUAGCCAAUCUGUCAAAGAUGCAAACAAAAAAUCCACGAGUGAUGCGCUGGGCAUUGGCAAUGCAGGCACAUCAGUAUGUUGUGGAAAUAAUCAAAGGCUCAGAAAACAUUGGGGCAGACUACUUGAGUCGAUGCCCUGAGUAAAUCAGUGUAUGGUAAUUUUUCUUGUGGCUAUUUUGGGGUUUUUUCAGUUUAGGGUUACUAGAAAAUAAAUCAAAAUGACAAUUUUAGGUUGAGGGGCAAAUGUCACAGGUGGAUAUUCAAAAUUAACAUUUUGUAAUUUAUUUUCCUCAUUUAGUCUAGGGAGCUUAUAAUAAUUUUCAAGGAUUUGAUUAUUUUAGUAAAGCUGUGAAAUAGAGUUCUUUGCAGCGAGCGAUCUGUUGUAAAUUCUUGAUAGAUGAUCACUGGUGUAGAACUCUAUUCUUUAUGACCGCUUGCCCGUGGUAGCAUAAAUUACGCAAAUGAAUUUGGGGUAAAGGUCACGAGCCACACCCGUCGCAUUAGGUCGGGCAAGGCUACGUGCGUUUGGUUGGGGACCCGUCAUUACGUUUCUUGUGUUGAUUCGGAAAUGUUCUGUUUUAGUUCCUGCCUGCAAGCUUAAGGAAAGCUGAGAUGUUUUUGUUUGUUUGAAGCCAGUGUUUGGUAAUUUCUGUUGUCGAAGAUGACACAGCUAAACCUACACUUCAGUUCCAAUACAUUCUUUUUGCUUGGAAAACUCACGUGCGGUGGUAAGCGUUCAUUUAAAUCUUUAUUCAUUGCUUAUCCGAAAAUAAUUUGUAUUUUGAGGUUCUGAAGCAUUCAUCUAUUAAUACUUAUUAUACAAGCACGAUAGAAAGUAUCGCUUAUAGUUUAAUAGCUUUCCUUUGGAAAUGUUACAGUGUGAAAAAUGAUCAAUGAUGACUCAAGGAAUAAUUGAAUUUCAUUGCAUUCCUCUUAUCAACAUUUUCAUUUGUUUUCUAAUCAGAUAUAGGAUUGGUGUGUAUGUGUAUGAAUGCGAGUGAUUGUGCUCAGAGGGCAUUCGGUAAAUCACAAUGGUUUUCAGAUGAGAUUUCUAGAUGAAAUUUUGAAUUAUUCUUUCAAACAGAGUUUUCGUUGGGGUUUAAAACUGCUGAUAAUAUGACGUCAAAAGGACAGUCAAAGCAUUCACCGAUACAUACAACGUAGACGUCAGAGGGCGCUGUCUCCGGUGGGACGCUACGGAAUCGUCGAGGAGUCGUCGGUGGAUCAGGACAUUGCACAUGCGUGACAUCGAUAUCGUAGGACUGUUGUGUUUUGGCAUGCCACAUGUACAUCGAGCCCAUCCUCGAACUUUUUCAGGUUUUCCCCUUGUAUGAAUGUGCUUGAUUGAGUGAGUGUUUGGGUGAUUUAUUAAGAUGUUAUUUUAGAUCAACUUGGCCAAAAGGAAAUUCAUUGUUUAAUUUGAUAUGGUUACUUUAUUGAUAAUGGAAUUUCACUGAUUGUGUGACAUCAGAGAAUUGAAUUCUAAUUGAAUUAAAUGUACUC